AUGGGUACACCACCUCAUAACAUUGCCCCUUCGAAUAAGUUACAACAAGGAGAUAAAAUCACAUCCACAGAGAUUAUGAAAAAACGUUCGGGGAAAUAUAUGCUAAUUUCAUCUUGCCUUUUAAGCCUUGGAAUUUACUACUACGUGAAGACGACAAAAUAUUCGGAUUACAGGAGGAGGUACGAGGGCGUAUUGAAAGAUAUAGAAAGACAAAAGGCCAAAUUUGAAAAAUGGAAAGCGGAUAAUUUGUAG